GGGAGGCGCCGCCCCGGGCCGGCCCCGCCGCCGUGCAGGUGUCGCCGCUGGGAACGGGCGCCGCGAGGGGCUCGUCGGAGGGCAGAUGGAGGAGCCGGGGGGCUGCGGGAGCGAGGCGCAGCGGGAGCGGGUGCUGUCCGUAGAGGAAUGGCUGCGGAAGUGGAGCGCGGGUGCCACCGCCUUCCAUAAGGAGCACGGGCAUCCGCUCCUACAGAAGCACCUGGACCUUCUGGUGGAUGGCAGGAGUGGGCUGAGGAUAUUUUUCCCUCUUUGUGGUAAAGCAGUCGACAUGAAGUGGCUGGCAGACAUGGGACACAGCGUCGUCGGCGUGGAUGUCAGCGAGCAAGCGCUGAAGGAGUUCUUUGCAGAUCAGGGUCUCCCUUAUCGUGAAGAGCCAGUCCCAGGGAUCUCAGGAGCCAAAAAGUUGCAGAGUACCUCUGGAAACAUUUGUCUGUACUGCUGCAGCAUUUAUGAUUUGUCCAGUGCAAUUGUUGGCAAGUUCGAUGGGGUUUGGGACAGAGGAGCUCUGGUGGCUGUGAAUCCAUGCGACAGGCAACGCUAUGUCACCUUGAUGAGCUCCCUAAUGGAGAAAAACUCUUCUUAUCUCCUCGUUACAGUUUUAUAUGAUCCAACCAAAUACAACGGACCACCGUUUUAUGUUCCUGAAUCUGAAGUUAAAAGCUUGUUUGGCAGCCAGUGUGAAAUUAAGUGUCUUCAGAAAGUCAGUGAAUUCUCAGAGAGACACAAGCAGUGGGGACUAGAUUAUUUUCUGGAAGCAAUAUAUCUAAUAAAGUUUGUAGCUUCAUUAAAAUCAGUUUAAAUAACGCACCUCCUGUGCACGGGAACUGUUGAGCCACGGCCUGAAGCACUGAUUGAUCACCUGAGGCAAGGACUGGGGUCUGCCAUGGAGCACAGCUGAAGGCAAUUUAGGUGUGUGAUCAGAAGGGGUGGAGCCUGGCUGCAACUCUCCUAGACCCCAUGUAAGGGCUGACUGCCACCAGGAAAGGUCUCUCUCUGGAAAUGCCUCCUUCUGGAGUUUUCUACUGUGAGCCUGGGACGUGGGUGAGCAGUUCAUUUUUGAUUGUCUCUUUCCACUGUGAUAAUCUUUCUAACUAUAAACCUUUUGAAUACCAUCCUGACCACACCA